AUGUGUUCCAGUUGUUACAAUGAUUUCCUCCGUGGAAAGAUUGCCAAGUCUUCCGUGCAAAUAUCGGAUUCAUCCGCUGCUGUUGCUGCUUCAGAUGAUGAUCUGAAAGCAUGCCCGAAUAAACUGUCAAUGAUGGAAGGAACUACAACCCCGCAUAGUCUGCAUGAAGAUUUGGCUUCUGAAUGCAACACUCAAAAACCGAUCAAGAACAAGUGCAGAACUUGCAGUAAGCGAGUCGGACUUUUGGGGUUCCAGUGCCGGUGUGGGGACCUCUUCUGCAGGAUGCACUGGUAUCCUGAAGAACAUGCGUGCAAGGUUGAUUUUAAGACCAGCGCCCGCAAAACUCUAGCCAAGCAAAAUCCCGCAUGCAUCGCUGACCGAAUGCAGUAUAGGGUCUGA